GAACUCCUUUCGUUUAAACCUCCAUCUCCGCCCAUAAUAAUAUACCAAGAAUAGCUACAGGAUGUCGCGCCCAAUGAAUGACGAUGAAGUGCUCAAUGAACUAAAUAAGAUGGUUGCUUUCAUUAAGCAGGAAGCACUCGAGAAAGCUCGGGAGAUCAAAGUCAAGGCCAAUGAAGAAUUCGCCAUUGAGAAGGCCAAGUUAGUCAAACAAGAGCAACUUGCUAUUGAUGCGCAAUAUGAGAAGAAACUCAAAGGCGCUGAAGUGUCUCAGAAAAUUGCCCAAUCAACUCUCACUAAUAAAUCUCGACUUCGCCUACUCCAUCGCAGGGAGGAACAUCUCCAAGAUCUGUUUUCCACAUGCCGCAAUCAGGUCGUUACCCUGUCCUCAUCCGACACAGAUGCGUACUCUGAAUUCCUUGCUGGCGUUCUGUCUCAAGGAUAUCUUUACCUAAUGGAGCCUUCUGUUGUCGUCCAUUGUCGCAAAGUGGACGUUUCUGUUGUCGAAGAGGCAGCGUCUAGCGCCGCCAAUACAUAUAAAGAAACCUCUGGGAGGGAUGUCAACGUCGAUGUGAAAGGAACUCUGAGCGAUGAUAUUGCCGGUGGCGUAAAGCUCGUUUCAGGUUCCGGUCGUAUUACUCUUGAUAACACAUUAGAUGAAAGGUUGCGGCUACUAGAAGAUCGAAUGCUUCCCGAAAUUCGCAAAGAUCUUUUUGGUCCGAAUGAGAAUCGCAAAUUCUACACAUGAACGAUGUUGCUUUCGUUUGGGGUCUCGUCUUACGUACCAAAUAAUCUUGCAAUUGCCAUGGACUUCAAGGACGUCACGAUAUACAAUUUGAUACUACCUUCUGAAUUGACGUAGAGUGCAGUAUUUGGGCACUGCAGCAUUCAGCAACAUGCUAUGUAUGUAGCAAUAUGUAUCUGGUACAUUUUUCUCUUCAGGCACCGGGGUGGUUCCAUCUUGUCUUUACCAUACAAUACAUCCUCCAGCCUUCACGGACCUCCUUGCAGUGCUAGUAUGUUUGCCACGGCAUGUUCAGCAGCACUCAUAAGUGCUCCAUGUGGAUUACCCAUGGGGAGUCGUGGCAUCUAGAAAACCCCAUGUAUUCAUUUUCGUGAAUGUAUGGCUGUAAAAGUACUUACAAUUGAUGCCUGCAUUUCCAGCCA